UGGUCUCGAACUCCUGACUUCAGGUGAUCCACCUGCCUUGGCCUCCUGAAGUGCUGGGAUUACAGGUGUGAGCCACCCUGCCCAGCCAAAUACACAUACUUUUACAGUCAAUUUAGAAUUAAUGUUUUGCCAUUUCAAGUAGCAUGUAGAAAUGUUACUACCAUCUAGGUCCCUCCACCCUUCUCCCGUCAUGUUUUAGUUGCCUUACAUCUAUAUACAUUGAAGCCUCCAGACAGUGUCAUGACUUUUAAUUCAGCCAUCACAUAACACUUAAAGAAGUGAAGAAUAGUUUCAUAUUUAUGUGGAUUUUUGCCAUUUAUGAUGUUCUUCUUGCAUUCCCAAAGUUCUGAAUUUCCCCCAGUAUCGUUUCUCUUCUGUCUGAAGAACUUGGUUUAACAUUUUUUUAAAGCAGAUUCUUUGGUUAUGAAUUUCCUCAGCUUGCCUUCAUUUGAGAAUGUAUUUUACUUCAUUCUUCAUUCCAGUAAAAUAGUAUUUUUACUGGAUAUAGAAUUCUUGGGUGACAAUUAUUUCAAAACUAAAAAUAUUCUACUUUCUGGCCUCUAUUGUUUCUGGUGAAGAUCUAUAGUCUUUCAAAGAAUUGUUCACCUGUAUGAAAUGUAUCAUUUUUCUCUGGCUGAUCUUAUUUUUCUUGGUCUUUAGUUUUCAGAAGCUUCUUUAUUAUGUAUCUAAGCUUGGACUUUUGUUGUUAAUUUAUCCAGUUGUGUGGUUCACUGAGCUUCUUGGUUUGUAAGUUUAUAUCUUUUUCCAAACUAUCAUCAAAUUUACGGGCUCCAUCCUUUGUGAUUUCCAUUCUGUUUAGGAAUACUCAGCAAUACUUUCUGAAGGCUGGUUAUAAAUAGCUGCUCUAAAGUCUGCUUCUGAUCAUUCCAAUAGUUGAAUCAUCUCAGGAUGGGCAUGUAUUGAUUGUCUUCUUUUCUCCCAUGUUGAGAUUUUCCUGGUUUUCAUGCUCUGGGUUAUUUUGGGUUAUAUCCUGGAUAUUUUUAAUAUUGAGACUCUGCACCUUGUUUAAAUCCUAAGCAGAAUGUUGACUGUUUAAAGUGUUUGCACAACUAGUCAUAUUAGUCCUGUGUCUACACCGGUCAGUCUGGGACCUGCGAUGUGCAUCUAGGGUCAGCCCUGUGUGCAGCCUGGCAGCAAGCCGAUGAGUUCACAUAUCACUUUACUGGAUCGCUCACUUCAUCUCUCCCUUCUCUGUACUCUCCCUGAAACACAACAGCUCCCUGCGACAUCCCUUCCAAGACCUCCAGCCAGAAAUCUGGGGCUCUUUCCCUACCCUUCUGCAUACUCCCUGAAACUGCAUCCAGGGCCCAGCGCAGGGGGACAGAAAGGAGCCGCAGAAGGUGGUUGCCCCAUGCUCUUGGGGCCAUGGCUCCUCUAGUCAGAGGGCAGCAUUACCUUCUCAGGUUUCAGGUGCCUACCCAGCUCACACUACCGUCACUGUGCCACCACUGCCACCUCCAUGUUACUGCCCAGGAGCUGGGGUAGAGAAGAAAGGAAAAAUUGGAGGGAUUUCCCCAACUCGCUGACCUCAUGGGGCUUCACAUCCCACUCCUCUGAUUCUUCCCGGAGCUCUUUCUGUUGGUGCACUUCAGGUUUCAAGCCGCCUGUGUGUCCAGGCUAGGCAAUACUGGUUACCUCACCACUUAUCUGUGGAACUUUGGUCUCCUUUUCUCAUCUCCCUCAGAGCUGCUCCUGCAUCUGUCCAGGAUUGGUGGCUGUCAGUGGGAGAGACAUGGGAAGAUGCUCCCUCCACCUUCCUGGGACCACCUUGUUGACUCAGCAGCCUUCCUCGCCGCCCACCAUGCCAUGCCUUCCUGGAUGGAGGCCCCGAGGGCAGCUUUUGGUUUUUCUACCCCUGUACCCCUCCAAGAAAGCUCUGGCACACUGCAGAGGCCAGCAACUACUUGUUGAAUGAAUCAAAGGAGAGUCAAGCCAGGGGCAAGGGUCAGAAGCAGGGGCUUGCUUCUCCGGAGCCCAGCUCUUCUCUGGGCUCCCCUUUCCUUUUUGACACCUCCUGCUUGGUUGGCAGUGAGGUCUCCCAGGUCUGGGGGAUCCUUGCCACUGCUUCUGCACCCAGCCCUGGCUAAGUGGCCUUGUUCUUAUCAAAGCCGUCGGGAUCUGCAGAUUGCUCAGCUUCUACUCCCACUCUUAACACAGCUGCAAGUGGCUUGAAAAUGUAUGACCAUGCUUCAAUGUCUCCAGUGAUUCCCACUGUGUUGGGAUACAAAGCCCACCUCUCUGCCAUGUGCCCCUGAUGGUCGCUGCCCCAGCUUGUUUGCUUUCUGUAGGGCUUGGGUCUUUGCCAACCCCUCUACCUGGAUUGCUCUCCCUGUAAGACUAAUCAUAGCUGAGGCCUUUGCACUCUGCUCUUUCCACUCACACGUCACCUCAGGGGUGUCCGUGGCCUCUCCUUUCCCAUCUCUCCCAGUACAUUAUGGUCUUUCCUUCCUAGCAUCUGGUGGUAUCUAUGGUAGGCAUGUUUAGCUGCUGGUACGAUCCCUCCUCCACUGAAAUAUGGGCUUCAUGUCUGGCCCCUGUGGGACUGCCAGAGCCUGGUCCUCAGUCAUGUUUAGUUGGGCUAGUGAGUCGACUCUUUUGGUCAAAGGGACAAAAGAUGAGGAGAUGUGGCUUCUAUCAGGACCAGUGUGGAACAGUGAGACCUGUGCGUGGCACUGCUAGGAGGGAUGGGUUCUACCUGCCAGCCUUGGGGCUCCUGGCAGCUGAUAGGACGCUGCCCACUGGGACUUGUGUGCCAACCUUUGGGUACAGAGCCUUAGCUUCACAGGCCCCAAGCCAGGAGCCCCUCCUCAGGUGGGCCAGCAGGGAUGGAUGAAGGCCUGUUGAGGGUUUCUUGCACACUCAGAUCCAAGUCUCAGAGUGGUGGUCCCUCUGCUGGCCUCCCACCCAUACUCUCCUGUUAUCAGAAGUGUGGUAGGUGACAGUGUGGUCACUGGGGUGGGAGGAUGUGGGAGGCCCUGGAUGGGGCCCAUGCCCAAGGAUCUAGCCAAGGCCCCUUCAUUAGGGCCCCAACUGUGACUUUAUUGCUCACAGUCUCUUCCCUGCCCUGGUGGCCCUCAUCCCUCAAACCUGAAUGCGGAAGUCUUGGUCCUGGACUCAAAUCCAUGCCACUCUUCAGCCUGUGCUGUGGGUUCCUAAGCUGAGCAUUUACCUAACAAUCAAGACUUCUGACGGUUCUCAGUCCUACCCCCAAACCCCCUUGAAUUUCUUUUUUAAGGUGGUUUCAGCUAGGAGGGUGAGCGUGGCUUGGGUGAGGGCAGAUAGGGUGGGAGCAUGUGGCAAGUAUGGAUGAGACCUUGACAAAGGGACCCCAGAUGAAAGACAGGGACCCUUUCUCCCUUUGUCCUGGAAACCCAGCUCAGCCCCAGCCCUUGCCCAUGCUGCUGCUGCUGCCUGGUACCUUCCACAAGGCCGGACUCCCCUCCGCAAAGCUGUGGCCUGCACCAGCUUCUCUGCCUCUCCUUCUCUGCCUGCUGAGGGCCCCCUCCCAGCCUGGCUGUCAAUCACAGGAGAAAGGGGUUGGGAUUUUGUGUGUGCCUCUGCCUGAGCAGAGAAUGGCUGAUGCGGCCACCGAGCCUUGACCUGGAGAGCCCCUCUGUCCCUGCUGCCCCCGUCUCCCCUAGCCCAGACUUCUGCCCUUCACGCCCAUCCCUGACCAGCAGCCCCACUCAGCCUGGGCUCUGGGUGUCAGCUGGUUAUGGACAUGCCACCUGAGUCCAGGCCAGGAGCUGGUGGAUGCAUAGGGCUAUUUUAAGCACAGCUUCUUGGCCUGCUCCCCUGGCCCCCAGCCCCCAGCAGCUCAGCUACUGGUCACCUGCCACCGCCUGGAAUGCUGAUUGGCAGUUGGCUGGGGUGGGGGCUGGGAAGACACUGUUAUAAAGCUGGGAGUGUAGGGAAGCAGCCGACCCCAUCCAGAGUCCUCUGUGGUCCCUGCUGCCACCAUGGCCACCCACCGCCUUGUGAUGGUCCGGCACGGCGAGAGCACAUGGAACCAGGAGAACCGUUUCUGUGGCUGGUUCGAUGCAGAGCUGAGUGAAAAGGGGGCCGAGGAGGCCAAGCGGGGAGCCAAGGCCAUCAAGGACGCCAAGAUGGAGUUUGACAUCUGCUACACGUCGGUGCUGAAGCGGGCCAUCCGCACCCUCUGGGCCAUCCUGGAUGGCACGGACCAGAUGUGGCUGCCUGUGGUGCGCACUUGGCGCCUCAACGAGCGGCAUUACGGGGGCCUCACAGGCCUCAACAAGGCAGAAACGGCCGCCAAGCAUGGGGAGGAGCAGGUGAAGAUCUGGAGGCGCUCCUUUGACAUCCCGCCGCCCCCAAUGGACGAGAAGCACCCCUACUACAACUCCAUUAGCAAGGAGCGUCGGUACGCAGGCCUGAAGCCCGGGGAACUGCCCACCUGCGAGAGCCUCAAGGACACCAUUGCCCGGGCCCUGCCCUUCUGGAACGAGGAGAUUGUUCCCCAGAUCAAGGCCGGCAAGCGAGUGCUCAUUGCAGCUCACGGGAACAGCCUGCGGGGCAUUGUCAAGCACCUGGAAGGGAUGUCAGACCAGGCAAUCAUGGAGCUGAACCUGCCCACGGGGAUCCCCAUCGUGUAUGAGCUGAACAAUGAGCUGAAGCCCACCAAGCCUAUGCAGUUCCUGGGUGAUGAGGAAACGGUGCGGAAGGCCAUGGAGGCUGUGGCAGCCCAGGGCAAGGCCAAGUGAUGGGUUGGGCUUGGGCAAUAAAGGCACCUCCUCCCACAGCCUGGACUCCAGCGCAGCCGGGCAUGCCAGGCUCACCCCACCAUCAGCUAUGGGGACUCCAGAACCAGGGGUGCAGCCAUCCACCUUCCCCCACUCCAUGUCUGUCACCAGGGGCAGGAGCCUAGUACCCACCCCUAGACAUCAGGACACUGAGCCAGGGCUGCAACCACUCCAUGAGUUUGCAGUCAGGACAAGCCUGUGGUGACCCUGAAGCUUCAGAGCCACUUAGUAACCUUGCUCUAGAAUUGGCGUGCUUGGGGCCAGUUAGAAGAGGCCAAGUGACCCGGCUCUCCCCAUGGGGAGCAAGGACCACAGCCAGGACAUGGCUUCCCGGACAGCUUCCUACAGAGGGCAGGUGGUCCUCUGCUGUCCUUGCAACCCCCAGGUGGCACUUUGAGCCCUGACUCUUGGGUGGGGACAGGUAAGCCCAGAGGGGGCCUCAAAGCUGGCAACAGCCCAAACUUGGGUCUUCCAUGGGAGUGGAGGGGAAGUUCCCUCUUCAUGGGCGAGGCACCAGGAAGCCCUGGCAAAAAGGGGAGAGGCCUGAGCACAGGAAAGCCGGGAGCAGGGUUGGACUCCAUGCAGCCUUCACCCCAGGCACCAGCAGGUGACGCCUGGAGUCACGCACGUCCGCCUAGCAGCUCUGGGACACAGGAGGGGCCUAAUUCCCUGGAUGCUCGGUGGGCGCCAGAUACCUCACACCACACAGUGGGCCAUCCCAUGUAGGCAGAGGCUCCCUGAAGCUGGGAGCAGGGCAGCCCUUGGCCUCUCCCAGAGGAACUGGAAUGCAGGAAGACUCCGACUUCAGUCCCAUCUUAACAUUUAGCCUCUUCCUGGUGGCUGAUCAUCAUCAGCCGCAGUCUCAGGGUGAGGGUGCUCACACCAGACACAGAGCAGAGGCAGACACCGGGCAGGCGGCAGGGUGCUAUUCCCACAUGGGAGCAUUCAGGCUAUAGCAGGGCAGGUCAGAGCUGCGAGCCUGUGUAGACCAAACUGGGAAUUCGUGGUCCAAAAGCAUAUUUGUUCUUCAGGGACACGGAUGAGGUGGGACAGAAAAUAGGGGAAGACAACAGGCCAAGGCCACUCUGUGUUACGUUUCCUGAAGUCAGAAUCAGUUGAGGCACACACUGGGGCCGGCAGGCAUUGAGUGAGCCGUGUGGAGGAACAUGUGUCUGCUGUUUUCGAAUACCCAGGGUGGAAGCUUGACCAUCCGCAUCCCCACUUCCCAUAGCCCAGGCAGAGGGACAGAGAAACGGAGUGGGGAGCACAGAGCAGGCUCCGACAAGACAACUUCCCUGCUGCCAAACCACCAUGAUCCACUCUGACUUUGGUCACAAACUCCGCUAAAAACAAUUCUCUACGUUCACUGUUCCCAAGGGUCAUUCUAAACAGUGGUGGCCACCACCCCUUAGAAGCAAGAGAAAAA